GACGAAUUUCUUUGAAAAGUUGUGUGAUAAAAUAAUAUUUCUGUGAAAUAGUAACAUUUUUAACUUUUUGGAAAGAGAAGAAAACAUUUAAAAUCAAUUAUUAGGUUGAACUGUACUGUGUUUGCACUUGAACAGGAUCAUGACAUACUAAGACAGCGUAUUAUCAGAUGAGUAUGCUAUGCUUGCUCAGAGUGCCACUUAGAACCUUUCUAAUCCUUCCAACUAAUCUGAGCAGGAGGUGAUGGAUAUCAUAUCAAAAAGAAGGUUCAACAGGAGGUAAGGUCAUAACUUUUUUUAAGACCGUAGACAAAUCUCCUUACUGGCCACUGGAAAGCCCUCCUCAUGGCCUAAUGUUUCACCUGAGAAAAGUAUAUAAGGACGCAGAUGAGUGUUGUAGCUUAACUUGUCAUACUGGACUCUUCUGGUUCAAGUUUGAACUUUUCUGUUUGAGGAUGAAUGGCACAGAGGGUGAUAGCUUUUACAUCCCAAUGUCCAAUAGGACUGGGCUCGUCAGGAAUCCUUUUGAGUACACCCAGUACUAUUUAGCAGAACCAUGGAAAUUCAAGGCUUUGGGUUUCUACAUGUUUUUACUGAUCAUUUUUGGUUUACCUAUCAACGGGCUCACAUUGCUGGUUACAGCUCAACACAAGAAACUCAGACAGCCGCUCAACUACAUUUUGGUCAACUUGGCUCUUGCCGGCUCAAUUAUGGGCGUUUUUGGAUUCACGGUUUCUUUCUACUCCUCGUGCGUUGGCUAUAUGGCAGUUGGGCCCACUGGUUGCAUGUUAGAGGGAUUUUUUGCAACACUUGGUGGUCAAGUCUCUCUUUGGUCUCUGGUGGUGCUCGCUGUUGAGAGGUACAUUGUUGUGUGUAAGCCAAUGGGAAGCUUCAAGUUUUCUUCAAACCACGCAUUGGCGGGCAUUAUUUUCACAUGGAUCAUGGCCAGCAGUUGUGCUGUGCCCCCACUUUUAGGCUGGUCCAGAUAUAUUCCUGAAGGUAUCCAGACAUCAUGUGGACCAGAUUACUACACCCUUAAUCCGUUGUACAAUAAUGAAUCAUAUCUCCUUUACAUGUUCACCUGCCAUUUUUGUAUACCUGUCACUACAAUCUUCUUCACCUACGGAAAUCUUGUCUGCACGGUCAAAGCUGCUGCAGCUCAACAGCAGGACUCAGCAUCCACCCAGAAAGCUGAGAAGGAAGUGACACGUAUGGUCAUCAUGAUGGUUUUGGGCUUCUUGGUAGCUUGGGUUCCCUAUGCUAGCUUUGCUGCCUGGAUCUUUUUAAACAGAGGGGCUGCCUUCUCGGCACAAGGCUUUGCAAUCCCUUCCUUUUUUUCCAAAAGCUCUGCAUUGUUUAAUCCCAUCAUAUAUGUGCUGCUCAACAAACAGUUCCGUAGCUGCAUGUUAACCACCCUCUUCUGUGGAAAGAAUCCUCUAGGAGAUGAGGAGUCCUCAAGCGUGUCCACCAGUAAAACAGAAGUGUCCUCAGUUUCUCCAGCAUAAACGCGCCUCUCUGCCUCUGCAAAGUCCUGCUGAAACAAUGAAGAUCGGUCUUGUAAAGAUGUAUUUAUGAAGCAUGUGGAUAUUUAUCUAUUCCUUCUCUUCAGUGAAUUUCAAACUUAAACUCACCAACUCUGCUCAUCAUUGUUGUUAUAAACGGCUUGGCUG